GGCUGAGGCGUCUCAGGGCUGAGGGGGAGGGACCUCCGCCCGGCCCCUUCGCUCUCCCGCUACUGCCUUGGCAGGAUGUCUGCGCACAGGAGAGACCCCGGCACCGCGGCGGCGGGCGGACAAGCGCCUGUAGCUAAGCGGAAAGGAGGAAGAACGGUGCAGUCUCGUUACCUGCAGUACGACAAGAAGAACACCGAGAAGGGUGCUUCAGCAAGUUCCUCUUCAUUGUGUGCUGCCCCACCAUCUUCUGCAGCUAAACCAAAAUCAGUUCUUUCUCAGAAACAUGAAACUUCUGUUGGUGUUGGCCAUAGCUUAAGUCAGAGUAUCUUUGAGAAUGGUGACUUGCAGUCCACCUUAUUAGAUGAAGAAAAAAUUAAAAGACCGGACCUUGAUCUCUCAGCUAUUAAUGAUAAAACUGUCCACAAGAAGAGUGAUUGUUCAGAAUCAGCUGAAGAAGGAGAUGCAUGGACACAGACAGAGAAAACUGGAGCAGAAACUGAUUCCAGUGAUUCAAUGACAGAGCUGGAAUCUGAGACACUGCUUUUAACUUACUUAAGAAUAGAGACAGGAAAAAAUCUUGCCAAGCUGGAGGAAAAAGCAGAAAAAAACUUGAUGAUGUUGUCUGAAGAAAAGCAGAGACAACAGGAGAAGCUCUUGGAGUUGAAACGUGAAAUUCUGCUUAAAGAGAGAGAGCAGAAGCUCAGUGAAGCAUUAGACAAACAGAUUGAAGUGCUGUCUCCUCUCGUUCCUGUCUGUGAACAGUUUCAAAAGCAAUAUAAAAGCUUUGCAGCUUCCCUGGAUACCACUAGACAUGAAUUACCUAUAAAGAACAUUCACAUAGAAGGAGAUAAGCAAGCAUAUCUUGGUGAACUGGGAAAGCAAUUAAAGAUCACACGGGAGCUUCUGACAGAAAUUAUGCCAAGCCACUCAGAAGACUGUGCAAAAGCACUUACUGCACUGAAAGAGCUUAAAGAAGUGUCUCAGAAACUGGAUGAAGAGCUUCAAAGGAGCUUCAGAGAAGUGCAGAACCUGUCGUUUGAAGUCAGUAAAGAAGUUUCUCUGCAUAACCAAAGUGCAUGUGAAGAGAAGCACGGGCUAGAUGUUGUGAAACGCUGGUAUUUCAACUAAGUUUCUGUAUAGUUUUACUGCUGGAGAUGCCUGUUUUCCUGGAAGGAGGAUCAGUCUGGUUUCCACCACUGUGGACUGAUGCAUUCUCUAUUAAGCCUUUACCCUGGGGAGCUUCCAAGAGUGUGGCAAAGCCUGGGACAUUUGUUUUGCAGUUAUCGGUUUCUGUAUUUGCUAUCUCUGUUUGGCUGUCCCAGAAACACAAAGGGAGAACUAAACUUGGAGUUAAAGAAUGAGUGUGGCUUUUUUACCAUGAAUAUAAUACUAUAAAAAUUAAUUAAGGCUUUAUUCUUGUCUGGUGCUAUGUAAUGACUGAGACAAACGAUUUUCCAUUGGGGAGUGGGGACAAAUGAUUCUGGAAACUGAGGACUUGUUCUUUAUUUCUCGCCCACCUUCUACUGAAAUCUAGUGCUUACAGGACUUGACACAAAGCUGAAUAAGUAAUAGCCUUGGGUUUAGUACAGUAUCUUUUCUGUGCACGAUUUACAUAUAUACUCUCAAAAUCUUUAAAUAAGUGAGUAUUACCUUUUAUAGAUCUGAUCUGAUCAUCUAUGUGACAGGUUGGUGACAGCAGUUAUGCUGAGGCAAUGAACAAGGGCUAAUUAUUAAUGGGGUGGUCCUACCACUUGAUUCUUUGGAGUAAUCUCACUGAUUUGAAUUUUGCAGUUGGAGGGGGGAUCCAAAAGGAUUCACAGCACUCAAAAAUUAACAUUUUUUGUUUGACAAAUAUCUGUCUGAUAAUUUUCACAUUGCAUAGUUUAUUUAUGAGGUAGAUGGGACAUCGGGGCGAUAAUUUCUUCUGUAGAGAAGUGACAAGAUUGUACAAGGGGUCAGGAUGUAAAUUAGAUCUAGUCAGAACCCAUAUAGGUGUAUUCGCACCUUCUUCUCUUAACUGCUGUCCCUCCCUCACCUUUCUGACACCAGUAUGGCCCCACAUGUUUUCAAGUGCCUGAGAUUCCUCAAACUUCAUGAGGAGCAGAAUUACGCAUUCAGUAAACGAGUAAAAAUCCUAGCUAUGCACAGUGGGUGAAUAUGACCCAUGGAUCUGACUGAUGAAUAGUUUUUUUAUACAUGAGCAGUUCUUACAGCUUUUAAACUCCUUAACCAUUCCCAGAUGUGGGUUGCAGGCGGCUGCUGGAAUUCCAACACCUGUUGCAUCACACUGAAUGGGAUUCAUUUUGGCAAGCACAGAAAAUUCCAUUUCAGUAAGUAAAUAGUUUGAAAUUAUAUCUAAAGCCUCCUUUUAUUUUCAGACGAAGCUGAUUCCAGCCUUAUUUACAGGAUUGCACAUACUUUCAUAAUUAGAAGAUGGUUUGCUUUAGAGGUUGUAAUUGCCUGAGAUUUCUUGUACUCAGUAAAUGUCAAACAGAAAUUCUUCAGUUUAGAAGAAAUCUCACCUUUAAAAAAGUUAGUUAUUCCAAAGGGCUCUAUUCCACAUAAGGGGAAUUUCUAGCUGUGCUUUUUGAAAUGUAGAAAUACACAUUUGUGUAUUAUUCUGAAGAUGAUGGAGCUCCAUUUUAGAGCUACACUUUGCUCCAUUUAUCAAUUCAUUGCUGAAUCCUGUUGCUUCUUUCGAGUCCUUACCCAGAGCUUUCUCAAAGAUGAAAUGUGGGUGACAGGAUGGGUGUUCAGUGGCACUUGGUGAUUUUUUUGGUACAUAUCCUGCAGAUCUCAAGUAUGAGUCUGUAAUGAACCAUUUGUGGUUUGCUCUAGAAAAGUAUGUGUAGAGAUAAUUAUUUUUUCGAAAGCAUGAUGAUGCUUCAGCCCAAACAUACCUGAUCUCUGCAGGGCUUCUAUCAAAGUCAGUAGUUUGGUUGGUGAGAUAUUGUACUUUAGUUUGAGGCUGCCAUACCAUGAGAACAGCAGAGGUGCUUCAUUUUCAUUUUUUGCCUCCUUUAAUAUGAUGAAUAUGAUGAAGCUGAAAAAGAAUUUGGAAUUAGCAGGUUUUGCUUUUUCUUUAGUUUGUCUCAAAAACCCCGAACAAACAAACAAACAAAAAACCAAACCCAAAACGUUCCCCCUUUAAUGUACUUUCUAAUAAGUUCCUUCUCACAGUGCAUGGUUUCCUUGGGAAGUGAUCCCUGUGGUUCUAGAGUCUAGUCUUGUCUAAUUUGUCAAAAUGUGUUCAUUCUUCUUCUAGAUUUGUUCUGCCUCUCCACAAAAAUAAGGCAGGGCUGGUUUAGGUUAGAUUUAAGUAGGAAAAUGUAACCAUGUCUAGCAGUGUUAUCCACUAUUGAAGAUAAUCUGAAUUUAUCAAAAACCUACUGAGUUAAUGAUUUUAUUUUAAAGAGAAGACAUAUUAAAGUAAGUUUCAAAUAAGAUAAAAAUUUAGGCACCAUUUAUUUAUCUCCUGGUUAAGGACCGAUCAGCCUCUGAGUCCUGUUGCUGGAAUUGUCGGGGAAUCCUUGUUCCUUUUGAUGACUAUGUGCUUUUAGGGAAUGGAUUGCCUUGCAGAAAAUGUGGUAGCUAGGAAUGACAGUGCUGAAAUAUAUGGUAGCUGAAAUUAUUUCAAGAUGGAGAAAAAUAACAGCAGCUUUAGCAACUUGCUCUUUUUCUUGUCAGAAGCCAGAAGGAAGGGACUUUGGGAAACUCUUGAGCUGACUUGGAUACAAAUGUGUAUUUUUGCUAAAUAAAAUGCUGGGGUCCAUACCUGUUAUUUUGAGAAGAAAUGAAACUGAGGGUCAAAUAUUGGAGCCAACCUAGAAUAAAAGGUUGUAAUUUUU